AUGGCUACGAUCAUUUUCGUGGUACUUUUUCUUAGCUUUACAAAUAUUUUCGCAUAUAAUCCUGAAUGCGAGAAAGAAUCGUUUUGUGAAUGCUCAGAAAAGGAACUUUAUAGACAUGAUUUUUUCAUUUCAAACAAAGGUGUGAAGUUUGGAAUAAACGUGAAAUCAUGGUCAGAUGUUAAGAUCAGGUGUGAUGAUAUUAGUUGGAAAGAUGUUAAUUUUACGAGAGUACAAAAAAUCUAUAAAGUCGAUUCAGUGCAUUUUUUAAAUUGCUCGUUACCAGAAGAAACAACAUUAAAAGAUAUUGUAACAAAAUUAGGAAUAAUUGAAAAAAAGAGACUAAGCUUUAUAUCUUUUAGAAAUCUCAGCGAAAGUCUAAAAAAGGAACAUUUUCAAGGAUUUUCAAAUGUGACCGAAUUAGUUUUAUCCUUUAACUAUUUAAUUAAUAUAUCAUAUGAUUUCUUUAGAAAUUUUCCUAAUUUAAGAUUCCUUGAUUUAUCUGAAAAUUUUCUUGUUUUAAGCAAUGAUACUUUUAAUGAGACUUUGAAUCUUAAGCAACUUGAUUUACAUAAUACAUUACUAACAACAUUGCCGGGUGAUCUUUUAACCGAUUUAGAAAAUCUUGAAAAAAUUCAAUUGAGAUAUAAUGGACUUAGGAGUCUACCAGAAAAUCUUUUCUGGGGUUCAACAUCUUUAAAAUACAUCGAUUUAAGUAAGAAUUAUCUUGAAGAAUUACCCGAAUUAAUCUUCUUUGAUCUAAUAGAAAUUGAAUAUCUUUUAUUAAGUCACAAUCAGAUUAAGAUACUUCCCGAUGAAGUUUUUAAAUAUCUUAAAUAUUUAAAAGUACUCGACCUGUCUUAUAAUCGUAUUGCUCGUGUUCAAAGCACUCUGUUAGAAGGUUUGAAAACAUUGACAGAACUCAACAUGGAAGGAAAUGGUUUGAUAUAUAUUCAUAGUGAAGCAUUUUCAACCAAUGAACAACUAUCGAUUGCUAAAUUCUCCAAUAAUUCGUUAGCCUUUAGUUAUAAAAAUGAAGUGAUGUCACCUUUUUAUAAUAAUCGUCGUCUUAAGGAAUUGCAUUUAGCGAACAAUGGAAUUAGACAUUUUUAUUCUGAUUGGACAGUAAAUAAAAUAGAGUUAGAAAUAUUAGAUCUGAGUCACAACGUCAUAAGUGCAAUAUCGGCGAAUGACUUUGUUUUUACAUCAAACAAAUUUGUAGUUGAUCUAAGGCAUAACAACAUAACAAAAAUUUUACUAACUAAUAUCGAAAUGUUGGUAACAUAUAAUACUGUAAAACGUAAUGUUAUUGUUCACGUCGAAUACAAUCCGAUAUUAUGCGAUUGUCAUCUAUACGACCUUGUGCGUUAUUCUAAUGGUUAUAUGCCUAGUAUGGUUUAUAAUUUCUUUGAUCUUCGAUUGGGAAACCUAAAUUGUGUGAAACCUAAUGGAAUACAAGGGCCGAAAAUUAGAAAGUUGGAUUUUAAAACCUAUCAAUGUCCCGAGGAUAACUAUUUUAAAAUUGAGAAAAAUUGUCAAACAAUGUGUAGCUGUAAUAUACGACCGUAUGAUAGAAUGCGUGUUUUAGAUUGUUCGUACAGAAAGAUUUCUGUAUUCAGAUUCGACAAGAACAAAAUGAAUUUGAAGGGAAAUUAUCCAUUAACAUUGAAUCUCACAGGGAAUAAUUUAAGAUUCACACCACAUCUAGAAUAUUUCAAACCAUUUAAUUUAACACAUUUAUUGUUAUCGAAUAAUCAAAUUACUCAAUUAUCAGUGUAUACAUUACCAAAAACUAUCCAAGUAUUAGAAUUACAUAAUAAUCAUCUAGUAAAGUUGAGUUACGACAUAAUUUACUACUUGUAUGAUCAUAGUUACAAAAAAUUAACUUUGAGCGGGAAUCCAUUUAUGUGUGAUUGCGAUGCUAGAUUUUUAUAUGUAUUAAUUUUGAAAAUGCAAGAUACUUAUAAAGAUCUUAAAAAUGUAAAAUGUAAGGGCCAGAAUAUUCCUUUAGUUAAAAUGACCGUUAAGCAAUUGUGUCCAUCCAACGAUCCAAUUGAAAGAUUUUACAAAAUUGUAUAA